GCAUGUGUGCGUGUGUGUGUGUGUGUGUGUGUGUGUCCAGUGCUCCUUCCUCUCUGACAUUCCAUCAGAACUGCAGAACAGCCAGACUCCAGACUGCAACCACUCGGAAUAUCUGGGAAUUCUUCAGGGAACGGAACCUUCCGGAACGUUUUCCCUCUCCUCUCCUUUCCACUCCACUUCUCUCUCUCUCUAUCUCUCUCUCUCUCCUCUCCAGUUCUCUCUCUCUCCCUGUAUUGUCUGUGUGCUUGGAAUUCUGCGUCUGGAAUACUGCCUUCGAACAUUCCCAGAGUUCUGCAGCACCUUCUUCGUUUCUCACACAACUACAUCUCUCUCUCCCUCCCUCCCCCGCUCUCCCCCUCUCUCUACGUCUUUCUCUCUCUGUCUCUCCCUCUCUCUUACUGUCUGAACUCUCCUUUCACUUGGCUCCAGAGAGGAGAGAGAGGAAAGAGGCAGAGAAGAACAUAGUUUCACCAAGAGAAAGGGUCUCUAACUCUGGCACCUGUAAAGAUGGCUGAUGGACUCCAACCUCCAGACUCCAACUGUCUACAGACUCCUGUGGAGGGACAGGUCUGCCCCCUCGUCUCCAUCAGUGUCCAGGGCUGACAGCUGCAUCGCCCCCCUCACCCCAUCUCCCUCUCCGAGAACAGAAUCCCAACCCAGACAGUCCCAUCUAUUCUCUGUCGUCGUGGCGAUAGACUUCGGCACCAUCUCCAGCGGCUACGCCUUCAGCUUUACCCACGACCCCGAGGCCAUCCACAUGAUGAGGCGCUGGGAGGGCGGAGACCCAGGCGUAGCCAAUCAGAAGAGCCCCACCUGCCUCCUGCUGACCCCUGACCUCCGGUUCCACAGCUUUGGGUUCGCGGCCCGGGACAGCUACCACGACCUGGACCCAGUGGAGGCUAGACUCUGGCUGUACUUUGACAAGUUCAAGAUGAAAAUACACAGUACCAGUGACCUCACCAUGGAGACGGAGCUGGAGGCUGUGAGUGGGCGGAGAGUGAGAGCCAUCGAGGUGUUUGGCCACGCCCUCAGGUUCUUCAGAGAACACGCCCUCAAGGAGGUGAGAGAGCAGAGCUCCACAGUGCUACCUGAGCAGGUGAGGUGGGUGAUCACGGUUCCUGCUGUGUGGAAACAACCAGCCAAGCAGUUCAUGAGAGAGGCUGCUUACCUGGCUGGGCUGGUCUCUCCAGACUCUCCUGAGAGGCUUCUGAUUGCUCUGGAGCCAGAAGCCGCCUCCAUCUACUGCCGCAAGCUCCGCCUACACCAGGUGAUCGAUCUCAGCCUCCGACCAAUCAGCAACGGUCUGGACAUCGAUGGUCCCCGCCCCUUUGACACGAGCUUCAGGCAAGCGAGGGAGCAGCUGAGAAGAUCCAGACACAGCAGAACCUUCCUGGUGGAGAGCGGAACUGGAGACCUGUGGUCUGAGAUGAAGACAGGUGACAGGUACAUGGUAGCAGACUGUGGAGGAGGAACAGUCGACCUGACGGUGCACCAGAUAGAACAUCCACAGGGAACCCUGAAGGAGCUGUACAAGGCCUCAGGAGGGCCGUACGGCGCUGUGGGGGUGGACCUGGCCUUCGAGGCGAUGCUGUGCCAGAUCUUCGGGCAGGACUUCAUCCAGAGCUUCCGCACGCAGCGGCCGGCAGCCUGGGUGGACCUGAGCAUCGCCUUCGAGGCCCGCAAGCGCACGGCCACGCCCGGCCGGGCCAACGCCCUCAACAUCUCCCUGCCCUUCUCCUUCAUCGACCACUACAAGAGGCUGCGAGGGCAGAGCGUGGAGGCUGCCCUGCGGCGGAGCAAUAUGAACAUAGUGAAGUGGUCUUCUCAGGGCAUGCUCAGGUUGACCCAGGAAGCCAUGAACGAGCUGUUCCAGCCCACCGUCCACAGCAUCAUCACACACAUAGAGGAGCUGAUGAAGAAACCGGAAGUGGGCGGUGUGCGUUUCCUCUUCCUGGUGGGCGGGUUCGCAGAGUCGCCCAUGCUGCAGCGCGCGGCCCAGAAUGCACUGGGGCACACCUGCCGCAUCAUCAUCCCUCAGGACGUGGGCCUGACCAUCCUGAAGGGGGCGGUGCUGUUCGGACUGGACCCCACCGUGGUGCGUGUGCGGCGCUGCCCCCUGACCUACGGCGUGGGCGUGUUGAACCGCUUCGUGGAGGGCCGCCACCCCAGGGACAAGCUGCUGCUGAAGGACGGCCGGCGCUGGUGCACCGACGUCCUGGACCGCUUCGUCUCCCUCGACCAAUCGGUGGCCCUGGGCGAGGUGGUGAGGCGGAGCUACACCCCGGCCAGGGCGGGGCAACGGAAGAUCGUCAUCAACGUGUACUGCUGCGCCCGUGACGACGCCACCUACGUCUCCGACCACGACGUCAGGAAGUGUGGCACCAUCACGCUCGACCUGCCCGAGGCGUUGCCGGGGGCGACUGCAGACCGUCGGGAGAUCAGGGCGACGAUGCAGUUCGGAGACACGGAGAUCAAAGUGACGGCCGUUGACGUGGCGACCAAUCGCACGGUCCGGGCCUCCAUCGACUUCCUGUCCAACUGAGGCGGCGGCGUAUCCGGUGGCAACGAACGAAGGGGCGGGGGAGGAGUUUUUGGAGGAGGGAACAGCCACUCACUAAGAAGUUUGCCUCCCCCCCUCCAAUGUUGAUUGACAAGCCUUUGAGUUUUUCAAAAUAUUUGAUAUUCAGCAGUUGGACAGCCUUUCCACUGUACGAGCGUGUUGAGAAACACCCUCUGGACCCCAUUAAACACAUUCUGGAUUUGCCACACAACUGAGAGCCGAUUGGAGGAUCUGCUUCCAGCUGAUUGGAAGACAUUCAAGUGCUUCCUGAUUAAGAGCUUCCUUGUUGUCAGGUUCUGAAUCCGUCACGUUUGAGAUCGCCACCUAGUGGAGAGAGGAGACUAACAAGUGGACAGGCCCAAACAUGGGCACCCAGGACCUAGUGAACAUCACCCAGGACCUAGUGAACAUCACCCAGGGCCUAGUGAACAUCACCCAGGGCCUAGUGAACAUCACCCAGGGCCUAGUGAACAUCACCCAGGGCCUAGUGAACAUCACCCAGGGCCUAGUGAACAUCACCCAGGGCCUAGUGAACAUCACCCAGGGCCUAGUGAACAUCACCCAGGGCCUAGUGAACAUCACCCAGGGCCUAGUGAACAUCACCCAGGGCCUAGUGAACAUCACCCAGGGCCUAGUGGACAUCACCCAGGACCUAGUGAACAUGUUGGUGGAAGAGGCCUGUUGCCUAUCUCUCCCUCCAUCCCUCCCUCUAUUCAUCCCUCCCUGUAUCUCUCUAUCCACACCCUCCGCCCUCCUGAAAACCCAGUUUGACCCUGUAAGGGUGAAAUGAUUUACUAUCGUACACAAUUAACCUCUCAAAUACUUUGACCAUUACCCUAUAUUAACUAUGUAUCAGGAAUCAUACUUGUCCCUUGUGUAAGCCUGUGUUCAUAAAUAACUAUUAAAAAAAAGACGUUUGUACUCUGAAACACAA